GUUCCUCUUGGGCAGGACCCAGCACCAGAGCGUCGCUGCUCCGCCGGCUGUGCGACAUGACCCAGCUGCUGCGUGCCGCAGCCGGGCGAGGGAAGUGGACCAGAUCCAGUGCGGCCAGGAGGGCUGCGUGCCUGCUAGCUGCGGCAUACGGGCUGAAGAUCCUCUACCCCGUCCUCCGCAAGCGCCUGCAGCAGACAGCUUGCGAAAAGGGCUUGCAGGCUGCCUGCCGGGCCGGAGGGGGCGAGGAGCCGCUGCAGUGCAGCCGGAUCCGGGGCAGAGCCUCUCCGGCAGUGAAUGCGGAAUUUUUCAGGCAGCUGCUGGAACUUCGCAAGAUCCUCUUCCCGAAGCUGGUGAGCGCCGAAUCGGGCUGGCUCUGCCUCCACUCGGUGGCUCUGGUCUCUCGGACCUUCCUCUCCAUCUACGUGGCCGGGCUGGAUGGGAAGAUCGUCAGGAGCAUCGUGGAGAAGCAGCCCAGGAGCUUUGCCAUCAAAUUAAUCAAGUGGCUGAUGAUUGCAAUCCCUGCCACUUUCGUGAACAGCGCCAUUCGGUACCUGGAGUGCAAGCUGGCCCUAGCCUUCCGCACUCGCCUAGUGGAUCAUGCUUAUGAGACCUACUUUGCCAACCAAACUUACUACAAGGUGAUCAAUAUGGAUGGGAGGCUGGCGAAUCCCGACCAGUCCCUGACCGAGGACCUCAUGAUGUUCUCCCAGUCGGUGGCACACCUGUACUCCAACCUGACCAAGCCCAUCUUGGAUGUUGUGCUGACGUCCUACAGUCUUAUCCAGACUGCCAGGUCCCGAGGAGCAAGUCCUAUUGGGCCUACGUUGCUAGCAGGGCUUGUGGUGUAUGCUACAGCGAGGGUGCUUAAAGCGUGCUCACCCAAAUUUGGCAAGCUGGUCGCUGAAGAAGCUCACAGAAAGGGUUAUCUGCGGUAUGUCCAUUCUCGGAUUAUAGCCAAUGUGGAAGAGAUUGCCUUUUACAGAGGACACAAGGUGGAAAUGAAACAACUACAGAAAAGUUACAAGGCUUUGGCAGACCAAAUGAACCUCAUAUUGUCCAAACGUUUAUGGUACAUCAUGAUAGAGCAGUUCCUGAUGAAGUAUGUUUGGAGUAGCUGUGGUUUGAUUAUGGUGGCUGUACCUAUCAUCACAGCAACUGGAUUUGCAGAUGGAGAGUUAGAAGAUGGCCAGAAACAAGCUAUGGUCAGUGAGCGAACGGAAGCCUUUACCACUUCACGAAAUCUGUUGGUCUCUGGAGCAGAUGCCAUUGAAAGGAUUAUGUCCUCUUACAAAGAGGUCACGGAGUUAGCAGGCUACACAGCUCGAGUGUUUAACAUGUUUUCAGUCUUUGAUGAAGUGAAGAGAGGCAUUUACAAAAGAACUGCUGUUAUUCAAGAGAUUGAAACCUACCACAAGAACGAAGAUAAAGCAGAAAAACACAUUGAUGGCCCGUUGGAAAUCAAGGGAAAAGUUAUUGAUGUUGAUCAUGGAAUUAUUUGUGAAAAUGUUCCUAUUAUUACCCCAAAUGGAGAUGUGGUGGUUUCCAGACUUAACUUCAAAGUACAGGAAGGAAUGCAUCUUUUAAUCACUGGUCCCAAUGGUUGUGGAAAGAGUUCUCUUUUCAGGAUUUUAAGUGGUCUAUGGCCAGUCUAUGAUGGUGUUCUCUACAAACCGCCUCCCCAGCACAUGUUCUAUAUCCCACAAAGGCCCUACAUGUCCAUUGGAACACUACGUGAUCAAGUCAUUUAUCCAGACUCAGUGGAUGACAUGCAUGAAAAAGGAUACCAAGACCAGGAUCUAGAAUGCAUCCUACACGUUGUUCAUCUGUAUCACAUAGUUCAAAGAGAAGGAGGCUGGGAUGCUGUGAUGGACUGGAAAGAUGUCUUGUCAGGAGGUGAAAAGCAGAGGAUGGGCAUGGCUCGCAUGUUUUAUCAUAAACCAAAAUAUGCAUUGUUGGAUGAAUGUACGAGUGCUGUAAGCAUUGAUGUUGAAGGGAAAAUAUUCCAAGCUGCAAAAGGUUCUGGGAUAUCCUUGCUUUCUAUCACACACAGACCUUCUCUUUGGAAGUACCACACUCACUUGUUGCAAUUCAAUGGAGAAGGGGGCUGGCGUUUUGAACAAUUGGACACUGCUAUCCGCUUAUCACUCAGUGAGGAAAAACAAAGACUCGAAUCCCAGCUUGCAGGAAUUCCUGAAAUGCAGCAGAGACUGAAUGAACUUUGCAAAAUCUUGGGAGAAGAUUCAGUGCUUAAAACAAUGGCUAAAGAGGACUAAAUAUCUAAUUUAUGUUUGAUAUUUUAAUUAUUUUUAGUUAAAAGCUUUAUGAAUUUAAAGAUACUUGUUUGCAUGCAUUGUGGUAGGCUAAGAACACUGAGAAACAUAGCAGAAAAUAGUGCUUUAUAAGAUUUUAGUAUUAGGGAAGAAAACUUGAACCCUGAAAAGUAGAUCAGCAAAUGCACUGUGUCCAAGAUUAGUCAUAACAGCUUACAGUAAUUCCUAGUGAAAGCCCAAUUCACUGCACAAAGUUACCAGCACAGUUAGAUUUACUUUGUGAAUUCUUGCUUCGAGUUGGCAAUCUGGCAUGAAAGCACAUUCUGCCUGUCAUGUGCAUAUGAUAUGCCUGCUAACCAAAGUAAAUAUGGCAUGUAACUCAGGCAUGGAGCAACACAAGGCAGGCUGUGGGUGAGUAUGUAAAUUCAUGUAAAAAUCUAAUUUGGGUACAAGGAAACAUUUCUGUCCAUGUAAAACAGAUCUCUUCCUCAGCUGAGACAUGUGCAUGUUAUUAGCUGCAUAUCUGUAGGAAAUAACAUGACUGGCAACCCAAAAGACAACUGUCAUAACAGCCAUUCAACUGUCCUUUCUGUCAAUUAACAGAGAUUUAACAAGAUAAAUAAUACACAAAGUACAAGUGUGCCACAAUGCAUUAUUUAAGACGCUUUUUUCCCCUUAAGACAUUUACUUUAAUUCCUAGUAACCUUCAAGGGAUUAUGUUUGCUUUGGCAGCUAAGGCACUGAAUCCUGAGUUGUGUGUUGUGGGUUUGGUUCCUGGCUCUGCCACCUACCUGCUGUGACCUCGAGCAAGUCACUAUCCCCGCCUCAGUUUCCCUAUCUGUAAACUUUCGCAGGCACUUUGUGAUUGGCUGAUGAACAGGCCUUUCUAAGACCCAAAUAUUCUUAUGAAUACAUCCUUUAGUUUUCAUGAUCUACCACCCUGAUAAUAAAAAUGCCCAGAAAUUAGAGAGCUCUUUAAAAUAUUAAAGAACUCUAUAACCAUCAGUUAAUGUACACAGACCCUUAAGAAAUACAUAAACAUGGCUGCCCUCACUUACGAAUGGCAGACCACACAAGUUCACAGUCAUGUUUUCAGAAGUCUGUAGUUGUGUGUACACCUCUGUUUUUUACCUCAGUGGGAGCUGUGGCUGCUCUGAAUCUUUGACAGUCAGCCUCACAGUGCCUCAGGUGCAGCAUGCUUCUGAAAAGACUGACCUUCUGAGCACUUAUGCCGAAGGCCAAACAUGUAGUGAGUCAGGCUGAGAGACUGGAAUAGAUCUGAUGCACUCCAGUUCCUCAAGAACACACUGGCUCUGUGCCUCUGACCUUCCUGAUACAAGUUUCCUAUUAUUUUACUUGGCAGCAGCACAAAUGUAAGAUGAAGAAACUGCAGUCCAGAAAUAUGCAACUGUCCCUUCCCCCUCUGGUGUAACAGGCUGCUCACAGGGGACAGUCCUGGAAGGUAGAACAGGAACUUUUGAAGGUGGUUAGUCUUCAGAAAUGAGAGAGGCUAAUCAGAGAGAAACCAGGUCUGAAGCUUGGUGGGUCUGUUUCACUUAAAAUAAGAGAGAGGUUAAGUUAGAGAAUUGCUAUGUGACUGUUGCUUUUGCAGGCUGACACAGCUCAGUUGCAAAUACCAACAAAGUGUUAAGGCUCAGGGAGAGGUUUUAGGCCAUUUUCUUAGCUGUGCUCACUGCUAGAGCUUCGUGCGGUAUGUCAGACUGGAGUUCCAGUGACAUGAG